CACUUUCAAGGAAUAAAGACAAAACACUACGCUUAUCUCUUUUGUCGAUUAGAAGAACCAAAAGUUGGGAUUUUUUCAAGGUUUCCCUUUGAUCAUUUUAAUUGGAUUUGGGGAUUAAAUUGAUAUGGUGAAUCGAAGGCCGAGCAGAACCAGAGAAGUUCGAUAGGUGGAUCGGUAAUAUCAGUUCUCGGAACAGUGAAUGAAGGUCGAUCGAAAUCAGAGAAAUCGGAGCUGAAGGGUUGGAUGUGAAGGGUUGGAGAGUGGUGGAUGUUCUCUGAUUCAGCAAUCAUCGAGCAGCCUCAACGCCAGGUCCCUCCCUCGCCCUUCUUCGAUCUAUUUUUUCUGCGACACCUAAAGCCGCCGGAGAUUUGCAAGAACAAACUCGGUUCAGCAAUCAUCCAGCAGGCGAUGACGAUCGAAGACAAAAAGUCGCUGGAGUUCGCGUUAUCCGUGUGGAAGUCGAACCGUGAUCGUUUAAUAGGGUGGAGUGCCUCCAUUUUGGGGAAAGACGAUGUCAAAGAUUUUUAUGCUGUCAGGGCCGCAGAUUUGAGGUUUUCUGCUGAGCCGUGUGGUAAUAUAACGCGAUAUGCCAAGGAUUUGAUCCGUGGGAUGCUUUGGGUUGAUCCUUCCUAGAGGCUAACGGCUGAUGGUGUUUUAGCUCACUCUUGGAUGGAGCAGUUAUAUGAGCGAGGACAAGGACAUUAUGAUCAAGAUGGGGUUGGAUAUGAAGGGUUGGAGAGUGGUGGAUGUUCUUUCUCCACAGAGUCAAAGUUAAUAGGGAGCAAGACUAUAUCUUAAGCAUGGGGCAGUUAGAGGAAUCGAUUGAUAACGAUUGUAGAUCAUCUUUCUCCUCUUUCUUACCUGCGGAUAACAACAAUAUACCGCCAGCUUCUGGUUUUGGUGGGUGAGCUGCGGAUAACAACACUCCCAUCUAUGCCAAGCUUUAUCUUCUUUAGUCCAAGCCCAGCGACGACACAGAACAACAACACUCAUGAAACAGAUGAGAAACUUGGAGGGGACAAGAAUUCAUGCUUUAGUUGGUAAACAGCUCAUCAAGAAGUAUGAAGAUAGGCCAACCGAGGGCGAUGCGGUGGUCGUCCAUUUAUUCAAAGUGUACGAUGCUUUUGGUGAUUAUUGGACAACCACACAUCCGUACAAAAUUGGCUUUUUUCAGACAACUUUUGUUGGAAAAGCUGAUGAUUUUCCAAGUGAAGUUCCCGAGAAGUAUUUGGCGGAUUACAAUGAUAUUCUUGGUGGAAAGCUUGAUAAUAGCUGUUUGGUUGAUGUUAUUGGCCAAAUAGUUAACUUUGGGUCUCUUGAAAACAAAAUGAUAAAAGAAAAAGAUAACAUCAGGCUCUUGAUUGAGUUACGUGACCAGAAUAAUGUGAAGAUGAUGUGUACUCUGUGGAGUCGUUAUGCUAAACAAGUAUACGAUUACAGGAUAGUAACAUGUCCACAAUGAUUAUGUGUUAUCAGGUUCUGUUCUGUUAAGGAGUGGAAAGGGAUAUAAAAGUACUUACUUUCUAAAAUGUUUAAUUGCACAACUUGUUAAUAAAAUCUAAAUAUUGUAGGUGCUUACUCCAUAUCUAGCGGGUAUAAUUCAACCCAUAUUUUGCUCAACCCAACACUGGAUUUGAUUGACCAGUUCAAAGCAAGUCUCCCUAAUGAUUCUCUUGCUCUUACAAACAACGAUAACACCCAAUGGUCUGUUGGUACUGCUACAUCUGUUCGUGCCAUCUGUUGGUUGGAACUUUUGUUACCAUGGCCACUAUUGAAAGUAUUGAUGCUGAACGUGGAUGGCAAUACCUAAGUUGUAAAUACUGCAACAAAAAGGUAUUUCCUACAACCAAUGUUGAUGACGAUAUGCGUCCUUUGUUCUACUGCAAUACCUGCGAUAAAGAACACAUCAACGUCGUAUCCAGGUUUAAAUUAAUUGCCAAUGUUAAAGACGAUUCCGGUGAGGCAAACUUUCUUUUGUUUGAUACCAACGCUCAGAUGACUGUGUGUACUGCAGAACUGUACGAUGAGGAUGAAGAUCCCGACUUCUUACCAGAAGCAGUUAGCGACCUCUUUGGCAAGAGAAUGCUUUUUGAAAUUUCAGUUGAUUCUGAUAACAUCAGAGGAAAGAGCUCUCAGUAUCUUGUUCGUUGUGCUAAUGAUGAUCGUGAAAUGAUUGAGGAAUUUGCAGCUUUGCCUCAUAAACCGGUUUUGAUGUUGCUCGGCUCCGACGAGAUUUCCGAUGGUUCUGGUGGUUCUUCAGAAACUCCUGUGUCUAAAAGAAAAGGCAAAGGAGAGGAAGAAAAUGAUGCUGAGGAUCAACUCUCUGUCAAGAAGAAACAGGGUCAAAAGAAAAUCAAGGGCGAGUGAAAAUCUCCCAUUGCGCUUUGGAACAUUGUCAACUCUGCUUUUAUUUUCAGACAAUAUGGCUUUCAACCUUGACGAACACACCAUUUAUAAUAAAACGUUUAUAUAACAACACAUAUUUCAACCUAAA